AUGACGUCGCCCGCUUCGCCGCGCCUUCCUAGCCCGCCUCCUAUCCCAGAAGACCAGCUCUCGCCAGUAUCCGCAUCGCCAGAGCAGCAGAAGCUCUUCAGCAAUCUCGACCAUGCCGCUGAACGGAGAAUACGACCGGGGACCAAGGCAGAGGACAUGGCAGAGGGGCCGCCGCUGGUAGAGUUAUCAGAGAUUGAUUCAGCAUUCCAGCUCACCGAACACCUCAAAGCCCUCCACCACUCGCUCACGCAUCCCGCCGGCUCGAAUGGCACUAUGCCAGUAGACAGAAACAUGGCAUUGAAGAUAGCACAAUCACCCGCCAAUGUGGACAGGACGUUGUGGCUAUACGAACUCUGCCGCUUCCUCAUACAAAAGGUCAACUCCAUCAUCACCGCCCUCUUCGCAGACGACCCGCCGUGUUCGUCCCUGACGUGUCCCGAGAUGCGCGCUUCCGAGUGGCAGUACCUCUGCGCAGUACACGACCCGCCAAAAUCAUGUUGUGCUAUCGACUACUGCUGCCACACGCUCGACUGGGCGGCCAACACCCUCACAUCACCCAAGCACUUUCCUUCACGGCUCGCGCUUGGCACCGACUCGUCAACACAGCAUUCGCAAAUGCGCCAAUUGACCAAUAUCUUCAGGCGCGUAUACAGAAUCUUUGCGCACGCAUGGUACUCGCACCGAGAGGUCUUUUGGAAGGUUGAGGGACGCACAGGGCUAUACAUAUUCUAUAAGACAGUCUGCGAUGUAUACGGUCUGGUACCGGAGGACAACUACACCAUUCCUCCUGAGGCCGAGGGCAUUGAGCCAUCAACAGAGGUCAAGCCGUCAGCGCCACCUCUGAUUAUGAAGCGAGAGCCCUCUGAUUCGACAUCGGAGAUUUCAAGUAACACACUGGCAGACGGAUUGUCUGAUCAUUCGCUAUCAACAGCUGGAACAACCAAGCGACAUAGGCAUUCGCCAUCAGUUGGAGCCACGGCCGUUCAAACAGUUGUAGAGGAGAAUGAGGAAGAGGAGGAGCGUCCAGUUCUUCAAGCGCGACCAGUCACUCAAAUCUUCGAAUCGGCACAGGAGGAUGAGGAAGAGGAGGAAGCCGAUAGCGACGGCGACGUCACGGCUAUUGAAGAUAACAACGAAGAUGACGAUGACGAAGACGAUGACGAUGACGAGGACGAGGCUGAAGCUGCUGAGGAGAUAACACAAGCAGAUGCCAAGGACCCCACGACUGAAGCAGCCAAGGAAGGCGCGGGCGAGGAACAGGCAGCGGGUACCUCGACCGAUGAAGAAGAAAAGAAAGAUACAGAUGCCGCCACAGAGCCAGCAGCUACCGAGAACGCUGAGGCCAGUGCUUCGGACGCCCAAGACGACGAAAAGGAACCGUCCAAAGACGACACUGAAGCCAAAGAUGAUAGCAAGCUAGAUGCUGCAGGGUCAGAGGAGGCGAAGAAGGUUGAUUCUGCUGCAGAGUCGGCCGAUGAAGAGGGUGGAGCGAAAGCUCAAGAUUAG